AUGCCAGCUGCAGCACCAAUACAUUCCUGGGAAUACCCAAGCCAACCCUGGGAGCGGAUCCACAUGGAUUAUGCGGGACCGUUUUUGAACAAAAUGUUUUUGAUAGUUGUUGAUGCUUUUUCAAAAUGGGUGGAAGUAAUAGUCAUGAAUAGCUCAACCUCCACUGCGACUAUUGAGCAACUGCGCAAAAUCUUUGCCACGCAUGGCCUGCCUGGAGUUUGUGUUAGUGAUAAUGGACCGUGUUUCGCAAGCACUGAAUUUGAGCAAUUUAUGAAACGAAAUAACAUCAGACACAUUUUUUCUGCACCAUACCAUCCUGCUUCAAAUGGACAAGCAGAGAGAACCGUCCAAACUGUGAAAAACAGUCUUAAAAAGAUAGAAUCGAAUGGUCAAUCCAUUGAGACCAGAGUAAGCCGUUUGCUGUUCACGUACCGCAUCACACCACACACCACCACGGGCAGGUCACCUGCAGAACUACUGUUCAAUCGUCAAUUAAGGAGUGCCCUCCAUUUCGUUAAACCAGAUCUGAAACAGACAGUCAAGGGGAAACAGAUGGAUUCUGAGAAUCGAAGUCAUCGAUUGAAACCGCUGCGGCAAUUUCUAGACCAAGAGGAGGUACUGAUUAGAAAUUUUGGUCAAGGACCACGGUGGGUGAGAGGAAACAUUUCGAGAAAGAGAGGACCUGUGACAUACGAUGUUGAAGUGGGAGAGAAAAUCGUUCAACGCCACAUCGAUCAAAUGCGAGCUGCAACCGGCGAGAGAUUAGCUGAUUCAGCAAUGGGAGAGACAGACCCACCUCUGGCUGUGCUACCACAGUUUGAACCGUCAGAAGUUGACGAAACCGUUACUGAAAUCGAGCCAAGGGUCCAGUAA